AGAGGGGAGGGGGCGGCGGGUUUUCAUGUGCCCAGCAUGAGCUCCUACUUCGUCAACCCCCUGUUCUCCAAAUACAAAGGCGGCGAGUCCCUGGAACCGGCCUAUUACGACUGCCGGUUCCCCCAGAGCGUGGGCAGGAGCCAUGCGCUGGUGUAUGGGCCGGGCGGCUCGGCGCCCGGCUUCCAGCAUGCCUCGCACCACGUCCAAGACUUCUUCCACCACGGCACCUCGGGCAUCUCCAACUCGGGCUACCAGCAGAACCCGUGCUCGCUGAGCUGCCACGGAGACGCCUCCAAAUUCUAUGGCUACGAGGCGCUCCCUAGACAGUCCCUUUAUGGGGCUCAGCAAGAGGCGAGCGUGGUGCAAUAUCCCGACUGUAAAUCCUCCGCCAACACUAACAGUAGCGAAGGACAAGGCCACUUAAAUCAAAACUCGUCUCCCAGCCUCAUGUUUCCAUGGAUGAGACCCCACGCUCCGGGGCGGCGCAGCGGAAGGCAAACUUACAGCCGGUAUCAGACCUUGGAACUAGAAAAGGAGUUUCUCUUUAAUCCUUAUUUGACACGAAAGCGCCGAAUUGAAGUCUCUCACGCCCUGGGACUGACUGAGAGACAAGUGAAGAUCUGGUUCCAGAACCGAAGGAUGAAGUGGAAAAAGGAGAACAACAAGGAUAAACUGCCUGGAGCCCGAGAUGAGGAGAAGGUGGAGGAAGAAGGAAACGAGGAAGAGGAGAAAGAAGAGGAGGAAAAGGAAGAAAACAAGGACUAAGCAAAAAAGAGAGAUUCCCCCCACCCCUUUAGCAACUCCCUUGAAGUUUCGUUUUAUGGUAGCGGAUAAAUUGAGAAGUUUACGACUGUCAUUUGCUUUUAUAGAGAAUAGAAUGACACUCACAACUCUAACUACCUGUCAGAUACUUGCAGCUCUGGUUUUAUUACCUUUGGACUUCCCCCGAUCUUUAUUUGUUCGGGGGCUAGAGGGGGGAGACCGAGACACAGCGAAAAGUUCGGAGUCUCUGUCUCAGUCGUUGCCCUGACACACACACUUAUCCCUACCCCCACCCUUCGGAGUUCUGCCUGGAUUUUAAGGUCUGAGACCUGGCCUCUUUGCCCCCUCUCUCUGCCCCUUCUUGUCACAUUCCCACCUCCCUGCUUCUCUGGUAUUUAUUUUAGAGGGAAGCCCCUCAAAAUGUGGAAAAAGACUCAUGGUUUUGUUUUUAUGCUAUGAUUAGUAUUAGAUUUACUUCUUUUCAAAGGAUAGGAAAGAAAAAGUGAAGGAAGGAAGGAAGGAAGGGAGGAAGGGAGAAAGGGAGGAAGGGAGGAAGGGAGGGAGGGAAAGGGGAAUUGUUUAAAGAAAUAAAAAAAUGAUAGCAAGAAAUAUCCCCUCUCCCUCUCUGGGGCUCCCUGCUUAGAAAGACCCCUUGACUUUUCUCUAGGAACCUGAUGGAAAUCUGAAGAUGUGGGUCUCUGCCGCAACCCGCCUUCCAGGGGGUAAAUAGGAGCCUGCAAUCACCUCUGAAGUCCUACCUAGUCAUCCCAUGGUCACUUGGGCCCAUGCCUUCUUCCCCUUCGCUGUCUGAUUUCUGUUGUUGGGCCCAGCUUUCUCUGAGCUGCAUUAGUGUUAGCGCUCAGAAAUCACCAUAAUCAUUAAAAUAAUAAUAUUAAUAAUAAAAUUUUAACAUACUACCUAAAGGGAACCUGCAAUAAUCUUGAAAAAUAAAAAAGAGAAAUUUAAAAAAAUCCUAAUAUGGGAGAAAAAAAGAGAAAAAUUUUAAAAUUAAAAAAAAAAAGAAAGAAACCUCCAGCGUAUUUUAUCACUACCUAUAGAAAGGAAUCCUGCUUUGAGUAUUCGUAAUGCGGUUUUGUUGUCGUUUGUUGCUGCUUAUUUCACUAAGAAAAACCCAACAACUGAGACUGCCUAGCUCGCCGGUCCUGUGCGCUUUUAUUGUGCUUCUAACCCCAGUAGAGUAGAACUAAAUUGCACUGAAUGUAUAGUUAACUCUGUCUUGAAUUCUGUUUAUGCAAUGUGCUCGAAAGAAAAAAAAACGUUAAAAUAUAUCUAUAAUGAUAAUUUUGGUCAUUUGUCUUUAUGUCCAGCUAUGAAUGUAGAUUUUGUGUCCCGGCAGCCCUGUUUCUGGUCCAAGUACUUUGUAUUGUAUACGUGAGUCAUAAUAAAAAAAAAAAAAAAGGAGAAAAAAUAAAUGAAGCUGGAAUGA